UGUUAAUUGAUCAAAAAAAAUAGAAUAAUGAGGUUUGGAAGGCUGGUGCGUUUUUAUAGAGAAAAACAAGUUUGGAGAGGUGAAAUGAUGAAGUGGAAAAAAUGUAUAAGAAGGGAUGAAAUAUAUGUUAAAGGAUAUGUAACAGUUGGGGGAAGAGAUAUUAUUGAAGAGAAAGAUAAAGAGAGGGAUUUUAAAGAUGUUAAUGAAAAGUCGGGACAAAUAUAUAAAGAGACAUAUAUGAGUGAAUAUGAUUUAAAUGAAGAAAAAAGCAAAGAAAUACUUAAAAGUGUAUUGUGGAAGUUUAAAGCACCUAUACGCUUUUCAUUUGCAUAUGGAAGUGGAAUUUUUAAAAAAAAGAGGAAUGAUAAAAAACCAAUGAUUGAUUUUAUUUUUGGAGUAUCACAUGCACAACAUUGGCAUUCUCUAAAUUUAUUAUAUAAUAAAGACCAUUAUUCAUUUUUAAAGCAAUUUGGAAGUUAUUCUAUAAGUUAUUUGCAAGAGAAUAUCGGGGGAAAUGUAUAUUAUAAUCCAUAUAUUAAGAUCAAUGAUAUGAUAAUAAAAUAUGGAGUAAUUACAAUUGACGAUCUUUGCAAAGAACUUACAGAAUGGAAUACAUUAUAUCUUUCUGGUAGAAUGCAUAAACCUAUAAAAAUACUUAGAGAUGAACCUCGUGUUAGAAUUGCAUAUAACAUGAACUUAAUCGCAGCUUUAAGGUUAGCAAUGCUGUUACUUCCUGAAAAAUUUUCAGAAUAUGAACUAUAUUCUACAAUUUCUAAAAUAUCAUAUACUGGGGAUAUAAGAAUGAAAUAUGCAGAAAAUCCAGACAAAAUAGAAACUAUUGUAAAUAAACAAAUAUGGGAUUUUCAUCAACUAUAUUUUCCCUUAAUAAAUAAGUUACCAAAUAUUCAGGUUAUUUCUAAUGAACAAGUUGAAGCAACAAAUAAAAUUCUCGUCCAAGAUUUUAAUCCUACUUCAAGAGCGAAUAUGAUUCAACAACUUCCUAAAAAAUUCAAAGAUCGUUUAUAUUAUGCCUAUAGUCAAAAACCAAAAUAUAAAGAAAUAAGUCAUAAAAAUAAUUUACAUGAAAAUCAUGAUAAUUCUUUUGAAGAAAUGAUAGUGAAAGAUACACAUUUUCACAAUGAAAUAACAAAAGUAAUUAAAAGAACAGUAUCAUGGCCUAGUAUUUCACAAAGUCUUAAAGGAAUAUUAACUGGAGGGAUAAAUAAAAGUUGGAAAUAUUUAACUGAAAAAAUAGACAAAAAACAUAAAUGCUAAAAUGUCAUAAAUACAUAUUCUAUAAAUAUAAAAGCGA